AUGGUUGAUAAUGAACCUGUCAAUCUUGGUUUAUGGGAUACGGCUGGUCAAGAAGAUUACGAUCGUCUUCGACCAUUAUCCUAUCCUCAAACUGAUGUAUUUCUUAUUUGUUACAGUGUAAUUAAUCCAAUAUCAUUUGAUAAUGUUCGUGCAAAAUGGUUACCAGAAAUAAAAAAUAAUAAUGUGGAUAUACCAAUUGUUCUCGUUGGUACAAAAUUAGAUUUACUCGAUGAUAAAAAUACAAUAAAUAAACUUUUAGCUCGAAAAUUAACACCAAUUAGUACACAAAAAGGUUUAAUGAUGGCAGAAGAAAUUGGUGCUGUUGCUUUUAUGGAAUGUUCAGCAUUAACACAAAAAAAUUUAAUACGAGUUUUUGAUAUUGCUAUACGAGCUGGUUUAGGAAAAUAUCCAAAAAUGAAACAACGUAAAAGACAUCAAUGCAUUUUAUGUUAA